AUGGAGUUCUUUAAUCUUAACCAGAACGAGCAAGUGGUAUCUCCUUGUCUGAUUAUUCACGGGAAGUUAACAAAGGCUUCUACUGGAUCUCAAUCCAUACAGGUACAACACCCUCAAUUGCCUCCUUUGACCUUCCCAAUUAAUGCAGAUUUCUUUAAGGCUACAAUUAUUUUGACUCCUGGGGAAAACAAAUUGACAUUUAUUACUGAUAAGAAUGUUUCUCAAGUGAUUAGCUGCUAUUACACACCCUUAUUUCAAAACAUACCUAUUCAUUUAUGUCUAAUCUUGGCAAAGGAUUCACCUUUGAAAUUUGAUUCACCAGCACAACAAAUACAAAGGGAGAAAGGCAACGACCUGUAUCUGGCUAUUAAGAAAUUGAGAAUUGCUGGUAGGUUGAUGCAAGCUUUUACCAAUGAGCAAAUGUUGCGUAAUGGAUUCGGCCAUAGAACAUUUAACUUCGCAGAAGAAUAUACAAUGGACACUGAAUUUGUAAAUAGUCCCUUAAAAAAGCUUCCAAUGAGGAAUAAUAUUAAAAUUCACCUAGUUAGAAGUGAAAAGACCACAGAUGAAAUUAGAUCUUAUGAUGUGGCUCAACAAAAUAAAGCCGCCAAGGAUUCAGGUGGGCUAUUUGGAAUCGCUAUGGACGCAUUAAAGAAAUAUGGAGGCCUCUUUGUUAACAUCCAAAGACCUGUGCAAGCCGCAUGUAUUUACCUGGAUGCUCAUUGGGAUGGUAAGCUUAUUACUGGACAUGCUGCUCUUGGUGGAGGAAACGAUGAUAUUAAGCUAGCCAUAUUUGGUUCCCAUGGGAUGUAUUCUUGGCCCAGUUCAAUGGAACAAGUCGUACCAUACUUUUUGGAUGCGACGAAGGCGUCCACGAAAGAAGUGGCCAAUGACAACGGUGAGUGUGGUUCCUACUGGGAAUGUCUGGCAGUUACCAUGGGUGCCUUUUGGCAUGAAAUGGGCCAUUUGUUGGGCUCACCUCACCAAGAGAAUGGUGUCAUGUUGAGAGAUUAUACAAGGUUGAAUAGAUCUUUUCUAACAAAGGAAUCGUACUGUAUAAGAACUAAUUCUAAUGGAGCUGCAGUACCCAUUUAUCCAAAGGAGGAAUGCACUUGGCAUCGUCUAGAUUUAUUAAGGUAUUUGUAUCACCCAUCUUUUACCAAACCUGAGGACUACUCUGAUCCUACUUUUAUGAGACCUGGCAAACUGGGGGAUUAUGGUGUCAAACAACCUUCAUUCUACCCGCUUGGUAAUGAAACGUGCCACCUCGUUUCACAAUCAGGAAUAUAUCUCAUUGAAAUCGUCUGCGGUGACUUAGCAAGGGGAUACAUCGAAUAUUUACCAGUCUCACUAGGUGGCCCAGGACCACAAAAGGAUAUCAUUUUGUCAUUAAAUGACUUGCGUGCUAGAAUCCCUCCAGAUAAGAUUCCUGAAUUCGGUAAUUCAUUCAAACUGAAGGUCUUAUCAGUGAAUGGUCCACAGUCAUGUUAUGAUAAUUUCCCAUCAUUAUUAAAGGUUAAACCUAUUCCUAUGGAAAAGUAUGGGUUCGCACCUGGUGUUACAGGUCUUAAGUCCCAUGUUGUGGGAAGACUGGAAGGUGGUAAAGAAACUGGAAUUAUUGGAAUAAAAAUUAAGGAUGUAAUCGCAUUAAGAGUUUACCAUGGAAAUGCCUUAGACGGGUUAAGGUUUUAUUUUAAAGAUUCAACUAGUAAAGAUAAUGUACCUGAUGUUCCUUCGAGAAACUACGUUAAUAGGUUGACUCAAUCAUUUAAAGAAAAUGUGUCCCUUUCUGAUAAACAUCCCAAUGUUCUAUUCGGAAAGGAAACUUCAAGUUACAGUGAUAUAAUUUUAGAACCGGGCGAAUAUAUUAGUGGUUUCAAUGUCAGAGGUGGAUGGUGGGUGGAUGCUAUUCAAGUGGCCACAAAUCAUGGCCGCAUGACAGAUAUGCUAGGUAAUAAAAAUGGGGGUGGAUUAGGUGAUUUAUUACCACCAGAUGGUCAAUAUAUCCUAGGUAUAUAUGGUAGUAUCGGCCAGUGGGUCAACGGGAUUGGUAUUGUCUAUGGAUCUUUAUAA